AUGGAAGUUUUUUCACAACGUUCUGUUAUUGUGAUCACAAGUAGCCUUGCAGCCGCUAUUGCUUACUGGUAUAUAAGGCGAAAACGAAAUAUGAAAGACUUAGCAAGGAAAGACAGUUCAAAGCAGCAGCACAAUUAUCAUGGUCUAGAACACAAAGUGACUUCAGAUGACAAUUUUAUUGUACUGAAUGUGAAGGCAGCUCAAGUCUGUAAUGAGGACAUAAAUGUUAGCGGUAAAUGUCAUGUGCUAGAUGGUAAUUUCCAAGGCGAAAAGCUUGCUGAUGUGCCAGUUGCCGAGUUAAAUAAUGUUGUAACAGACAAAAAUAUGUGUAAAGAGUCAGUUCUUAAAAAAGUUUCAACUAGGUGUUUACCAGAAUCAAAUAAUGUACCUGGCGACAGUCCUUUCUAUGCUAACGAAGUUUUGAUUUAUAGACCCUUCACAUUGCAGAUUUCCAAUAUAAAGAAAGAUACGGACUAUUCAUUAAUUUUGGAAAAAGUUGAAACAGAUAACGCAUGUGCAAAGGAGAAAGCAAAUUAUAUGAGUAGGGAUUGUUCUCGUACGAAAGAGAUUGAUUAUGAAAUUGCGAAUAUCGCAAACAGUGAGAAAGCUCCUUUCGAUUUUAUUCUUUUUAAUUUCACUAUAGUAGAAGGACCAUGUUGGCGUCAAACGAAGUGUAAUAGGAAUAACUUGCCUUGGAAUGAAAAAUCAAGGGAAAGAGAAAAAGGGGGUGCACGUGAUUCGUUAUAUGUGCCGUCGUUGAGUGGCGGAGCCUGUGCUCUUUCGAGUUGGAAUCUUCGGUCUUUGUAUGCGACGGCUCGUGUUGGUUCAACUCGUCUGCAACAUGCAGACAGCAUAUGCAGCUCACCUAGAGUUGCUGAGGCCGGUCCCUCCCUCUUUUUGCAUUUAGUAUUCGUACUUCAUAGCCACUGGUUGUGA